CGGCCAAGGCACGUCCGUCUCUGGCGACACGUGUCACGGCACGUUCACUUGUGCUCGGUCCUCCAACCUCCGUGGGUUGGAAACGCUCGCGGAAUUCUGCCUGCCACCUGGCUGUGGGCUGUUUCUCCUCUCAGUCGUUUUCAUUCCGAUGGUCUGAUCCCGUCUGACGGCGACUGAUAUCUACUUGGCCUCUGCUCGGUCAGUGUGUAGUAGACUUUCACAGCACAGCAUAGCCAGGCUACACCAUUGCAGUGCAGCCCUCGACGUAGCGAAUCCACAGCCUACCUUCCCUGACUCGUAGUCCUAUUUGGAUUUGGACUACCGUAGUAGUUAGUAGGAGGAGGCCUCUAAUAAACUUUGUGUGCCGUACAUUCGGCGUAGCCUGAUUGGACGUGUAAGUGUAAUUCGCUGCAUGAGGCUGGAAACUAUUCACUAAGGUUAUUAUUUACCCAUCCAUCGCGUCUGCGGUCCUGCUGCUACUGAGGGUAAAAGGGAGCACGAGGUGAACUGAAGCUGAUUGAUUAACUCCCUCAGUUUGCAACACGUCGUGGGACCGAGGCCACAAGCUGCACGCGACACAUACGGCACCGACGGAAUCUCAGAACUAUCUGCAUUUGACACUCUUCUCCGCUGUUACUUACUGCGUAUCUGGACCCAUCGUCGCCUUUCAUAUUUAUUUCAUUUACAUGGAGCGGGCCACGAGGAGCGGGCCACGAGGAGGAGGAGGAGGAGGAGGAGAAGGAGGUAACUCGCCUGCUUCGUUCCUCGGUCGCGGAACUGGUUGUUAACUGGUUGAAUGAAUUGAUUGAUUACAAAAUGAGGAAUUGAUUGGGUGAUAGGGGAGCGGGCCACGAGGAGGAGGAGGAGGAGAAGGAGGUAACUCGCCUGCUUCGUUCCUCGGUCGAUGAGGAAUUGAUUGGGUGAUAGAAGAACUGGAAACACGAAGAUAGCCAGAGAGAUUGCUGCGUGUGGCGACACUGGCCAGGCCCUACGUCGGACGGAUGUCGGGGGGGGUUCAUAUCUGGGUGCUAGGGGGGGGUUCAUAUCUGGGUGCUGGAAUCAUGGUCGUCAAGACGACUCAGGAAUAAAGAUUGACGAGAAGGGGUGAGGGGAAGAAGUACGGCGGGGGAGAAACGAAGCGUUUAUCAGCGUCCGCCGGAAUUGGUCGCUAUCUCUGAAGCUGGUGUGACCAGUUGGGCGAUUUUGCCACACCCCUGUCGCUAUCCGUGGGUGGGGGUGUGUGUGGCAGUGAUUUUCACCCCUGCGCUAUCCGUGGGUGGGUGGGUGUGUGUGUGGCAGUGAUUUUCACCCCGGCGGUCCGUGGGUGUCUAUGUGGAAGUUACCUUAUUGAUUGUGACUUCCGCUUGCUUGACCGGUGCGCCAACCAAGAGUAGUCGGGGAGAUGCUAAACCCAACUUGCGCACGCGCAAAACAUACAUAGAGACGUGCGGAAAAGAGAGAGAGAGAGAGAGAGAGAGAGAGAGAGAGAGAGAGAGAGAGAGAGAGAGAGAGAGAGGCAAAUGGCGGCGUCAACGGCGGGGCUCGUGCCAAUCACGAGGGGGUAUUUAGCGAAGUUCUACGACCGGUAUCCGUUUGAGCCAAUCAGCGCGGAGGUGGGACGUCUGCGCGACCGGUUGCAUGUAAUGUGCGACCGGUACGACGCUUUGAGACGUAGAAUAGCGGGGGAGGACGACCAUCUCGUGCAGAAGUUGCUGAUUCGUCCUCCACGGAAGAUUGACGAGAACCUAUGGCGGCAAAGGGAGCAGAUAGAGGAAAUUGUGAACCUUCUGGAUGCAAAGAACUUGCCGUGUGCGCUGCGGGACAGCGGGCAAGAGUCGGUGACGUCGACAAAGCUGGCCCAGGAAAGAGAGAGGAUGAAGGACGUCAUGCUCUGCAGUCUGAAUAAUAUCAUCUCUUUUCAAGCUGCAAGUCAGAGGAAGAUCGCCGAUAUGGUGUUUACUUACCUGCCGAAGGAUUUCCGCGGCACGCUGAUUCGUCAGCAACGAGAGCGAUCGGAACGGAGGCGCGAGGCGGAGGUGGAGGCGUUGAUUGCCAGUGGCGCGAGCAUCCGCGAGAGGUACCAGCUGCUGUGGAACCAGCAGAUGGACAGGAGGCGAACGCUGGCGCAGCUGGGGUCGGCGACCGGUGUGUUCAAGGCGUUGGUGAAGUACCUGGGAGGGGUGCCGCAAGUGCUGCUGGAUUUCGUCCGCCAGAUCAACGACCACAAUGGGCCUAUGGAGGAGCAGAGGGACAGAUACGGCCCGCCUCUGUACGAGCUCACGGCUUUCCUGAAUCAGAUUUUCGUGUUUUUGUCGCUAUGGUGGAAGACAUUCGAGGACGCGGAGGCCAGCGGAAGGACGGCGGAGAGCCUAGAGCUGCUCACAGCCUCCGCGACCAUCUAUUCCGCGGAAUUGAAAAGGUUUCUUCACUUCAUCGGGGAGGUCUUCGACAAAUCCCCCUUCCUGAUAUCAGCAGAAGAAGCGAUUGAAGUGCAGGGCGCUGCGCCGGUGGAAGAAUUCAAGACGGUCGUCAUCGCGAGGGGAGACAACUUCAAGGUGGAUCUUGUAGUGGAAGCGGAGGGGUCGAUGGUGGCUUGGGAGUUCAGAACAGACGCGGGGAAGGAUUUGGGGUUCACCGUGGAGUUUGUGGAUAUGGUGAGUGGGAUGAAGAUGCCCAUCUUGCCAUAUCAGCGGUAUGAAGCGCACCAGGGGCAUUUCUACACGACGGGAUCGGGGUCGUACAGAUUGGUAUGGGACAAUUCGUAUUCAACGUUUUACGGGAAAAGUCUGAGGUAUAAGGCCGAUGCAGUACCACCGAUGCUUCUGCAGUCGACAAAGUCAUCGACGGGGAGAAGUAACUCGGAACGACAGACGAAGGGGGAGGGGGAGGGGGAGGGGGAGGAGGAGCAGGAGGAGGAUGGAGCAGUUGGAGAGGAGGGCGGGAAGGGGAAUACUUCUCAAACUUCGACUAGCGCCAGAGUUGUCGCUCCUGUUACCGCCGCUGCGUCUUCGGGAUUAAGCUCUGACGUACACACAGAGAGAGAGAGAGAGAGAGAGAGAGGUUGCCAAUGGAGGGGAGGGUAUAGGCCGGACUCUGUGGAGGGAGUUUGAUUGUCCCGAACUAAUCAAUCGACCACGGGGUUGAGGUGCUGUGCUUCUUCGUGGGGCGGUGGCAGGGCCGCGGAUUAUGGAUACGUUGAGUGGUUAACGAUUCACAGUUGAUUAGAAUGGAUUGAUGCGCACCAGAAACGGAGAAAGGUGCUCCCGCAAACCGAGUAAAUAGAGCAGAAACGGGACGACAGGUGGGAUUAGGAGGAAGAGGAGGAGAGGAGGAGGAGAGAUGUCAACUCUCAACGACUGCUCCGCUUGAACGGAGCGCUGAUCUUAUGGCGGCAGCAGCGAGUGUCUCCUCACCUAGUUCCACAGGGCGGGAGAAUCGGCGGGGUGAAGGGGGGAGGAAGGGAGGGGGGGGGGAGAGAUUUCCUCUUCCCCCGGGGGGGAAGAACCAAUCAAUGGUUACAAAUUGGUUGACGUGUUGGUUACAAAUUGGUUUACAAAUUGGUUGACGUGUUGGUUACAAAUUGGUUGACGUGCUGUCCAUCUAUAAGCCAAUCGACUCAAACUAUGGUAAAUGCCUUCCCUGUCCCGCAUGCGAUGUCUUCAUGGGAGCGUGUAGUGAUUGGUUAUGUACGAAAUCACAGGGGCAUUGAGAACAUAUGGGUUGAGGAUUUGAGUUGAUGUGAUGAAAUAAAGACCCUUUGGGAUG